UCAAGGGGCGGGAAUGUUACACCGCGCGUGCAGGCAGGUGCGCGUCACACAACAGGUGCGUUCGUGAUGUCACAACCCUAGUUACUGGAGCUCGAGGGAGAAAGAUUUAUUCAACGCUUUGCUUUUUCUGUGCAUAAAGUACGUUUUACACGAUUAUAAACUAGUAGAGGUGGAGGGAAGGAUUGAAAAUGGGUAAAAACCUAAAGGAAGAGAACUCGGAGUCGUCGGAAUAUGGGGAACCUGCUCAGUAUGACCCCACCUUCAAUGGACCUGUUCGGAAAAGAGGCUGCACUGACAUCAUCUGCUGUGUUCUCUUCAUUGUCGUUAUCCUUGGCUACAUGGCGGUGGGGAUUUUGGCCUGGCUUUAUGGUGAUCCUCGACAUGUCCUCUAUCCACGGAACUCUACUGGAAUGUUCUGUGGCAUCGGGCCCAAUAAAGCUCAACCCAGUGUGUUUUACUUUGACAUACUGAAAUGUGUCACAUCAAUCAACAUCAUGGCCGCCACCCUUAAUGGGUUACAGUGCCCCACCACACAGGUGUGUGUGGAAAAGUGCCCAGAUGUGUUCUGGGCUCUCAAUCCUAUUGCCUACUUACCGAAUGCCAAGCCACAAGACUACUUCAACCAAUCACUCUGCGUGCCAUCCUUUGACCUAGCAGGAACUACACUGAAAGUUAAGGAAAUUGUGGAUCAAGAGCUGUGUCCGUUCUUCUACACUCCUACUAUCUCUGUGCUGGGAAGAUGCCUACCUGAUGUUACCGCUCUGAAGAAUAUUCCUAAUGACUUUGCCAAUACGUGGGGCUUGCCAUCAAGCAUCAAUGAUACAGUCAAUGGCAUCAGGAACGCAAAAGGUGACAUAGUAAACAGCUUCAAUGCCAAAGAGAUUGGAGUGAGAAUCUUUGAGGACUUUGCGUCGUCAUGGCAGUGGAUCAUAGCUGCACUGGUCAUAGCCAUGGUGGUCAGUUUUCUGUUCCUCCUUCUGUUGCGGUUUAUUGCCCCUGUUAUGGUCUGGGUCCUUAUAUUUGGAGUGUUGGCAGUAGGUGCCUAUGGCAUAUAUCACUGCUGGUGGGAGUACGACAACUACAAAAAGUCUGCUGUCUCCAUCACUGACAUAGGCUUCACCACCGACUUCAAGGUCUACCUUCAGGUCAAGGAGACCUGGCUGGCCUUCUUGAUAAUCCUGUCUGUGGUAGAGUGCAUUCUUCUCCUGACCUUGAUCUUUCUGCGGACCAGAAUCCUCAUCGCCAUCGCUCUCAUCCAGGAGUCCAGCAAAGCUGUCAGUCACAUGAUGUCUACGCUGUUCUACCCUCUCAUCACCUUUGUUCUCCUGGUGGUGUGUGUGGCCUAUUGGGGCAUCACUGCUCUUUAUCUGGCCACUUCAGGUAUUCCAGUGUACAAAGUGGUGGCUCUCAACUCUACUCAGGAUAACUGUGGUCAAAUCAGUGGCAAUGAGACCUGUGACCCACAGACAUUCUACAACUCUACAGACUACUCGUGGUGCCGAUCGGCACGCUGCAUCUUCAUCAAGUACAACAACGAGGGCCUGCUGCAGAGAAACCUGUUCAACCUGCAGAUCUACAACGUGGUGGCCUUCCUGUGGUGCGUCAACUUUGUCAUCGCCAUGGGCCAGUGCAGCCUGGCCGGGGCCUUCGCCUCCUACUACUGGGCCUUAAACAAGCCCUCGGACAUCCCCACCUUCCCGCUGUCCCAGGCCUUCAUCCGCACAAUACGAUACCAUGUUGGCUCCCUGGCAUUUGGUGCUCUGAUCCUCACCCUCAUCCAGAUAAUCCGGAUCAUCCUGGAGUACCUGGACCACAAGACCAGAGCGGCUCAAAACCCCUGUUCUCGGUUCCUCAUGUGCUGUCUAAAGUGUUGCUUCUGGUGUUUGGAGAAGUUCAUAAAGUUCCUCAAUAGAAACGCCUACAUCAUGAUUGCCAUAUAUGGAAAAAACUUCUGUGUCUCCGCUAAAAACGCAUUCAUGCUUCUAAUGAGGAACAUUGUCAGGGUGGUGGUGCUAGAUAAAGUGACGGACCUGCUGCUGUUCUUUGGGAAGAUGCUAGUGGUGGGAGGAGUAGGUGUCCUGGCCUUCUUUUUCUUCUCUGGCAGAAUAAGACUACCGGGCAGCAAUUUCCGUACUGAAAUGCUCAACUAUUACUGGAUGCCCAUUAUUGUGGUUGUGGUGGGAGCAUACCUCAUUGCUUAUGGAUUCUUCAGUGUGUACAGCAUGUGUGUGGACACACUUUUCCUCUGCUUCUUGGAGGACUUGGAGCGACAUGAUGGAACGAUGCAGAAGCCAUAUUACAUGUCAAAGAAACUGAUGAAAAUCCUCAAUAAAAAGAACAGGGGACCUAAAAAUGGCAAAGGAAAGGAUUGAUGAAGUAGUGCCUUUAGACGAAUUAGAACCACAGUUACUUUCAAUAUCCUAGAAACAUCCUAUAAAUAUGACAUGUUUUUCCUUUCAGAUCUUUCAGCCUUCUCUCCUUCUGUUUCCCCCCUUCUGACAUGUCAAAGUUGACCCAUAAUGGAUCACUUUUUUGCACUUUCAACUUGAGAUAACGUGUCCACGCUUAUAAGUGUGAUUAGAUAUUUUCUUAAAUUCCAGCUACUUCUAACAAUUUUAAUUUACCAAAACUAGAGCUUUUUAUUACUCUAACCAAAACCAAAUGUUUAUUCUCUCCCAGUGCUUAUUUGUUUUUAAAAAAUAUACAUUUUUCUCAAGUGAGCAAAUUAUUUAUUAGAUACAGAAAUCGCCGCCAUAACUGUUUUAAAUACUUUUUUUUUUAUGAUCCUCAGUAUUCUGUAUAUUGUUUAAGGUCUCUAUUUUUUUUCCUAUUAUUCUGUACGUAAAUCCGAGACACUCCAUUUAGUGAAUGGUAUGUGUUUAUUUGUGGCUCGCUUACAUCCAAUUAGUAUAUGUUGCAAAAUGUACAAUAUGUUACGAAUUCGAAUUUGUUGGUGCUAAUGUUUAGGUGGCUAAUGCUAACGUCAGCUAUCUCUAGUGGAUAAGGUUAGGUUAAAGGGUUAGCUAACAUGCUAAUUAGCUAAAAUGUUACUUGUCUGUGAUGAGAUUCGAACACGCAACCUUUGGUUUGCUAGACGUUCACGUUAUAUGCCCACCCACCCUAUUUUUGUUUUUGCCUUAAGUAAAAUUCUGUCUUAUGUAAUAUAUCAUACUAAUUUAAGUGUCCCGGAUGUAAGUUUACUAUAUUACGUCUAGUCUGAGACCAGUCUGGUCCCCUAUUUGUAUUGUUAUUAAGUAUGGACCCUGGAACAAAUUUAAUUCAGUCGAGUGAGCACAUCCAUCCAUUUGGCUGCACGCACUCAACACAACUAGAGUACUUUCAGUUGUCAAGUAUCAAUGUUCAUUUACCUCACAUACUGUACUAUCCAGCAUGUCAUAAUCUUACUACAUUCCUCAACCUCUUGUCUCCUGAGACCCAGAGAGGGAAUGCAUGUGGGAGUCAGCAAUCAUGUGAUCUACUAAUCACGUGAUCAUUCAACAGUCCAGUACAAGAGCAAGUGCCUCUACUGUUGAGCUAAAUUCUAGUAGCAUUACAUUGCUGUAAUGCUACUAGAACAGUUGGGGUAAACAACCUGUGCAACCAGUUCUGUUAAUCAUAUGAUCAUCUCGACUGCAAUCAUAUUACUAGAUGGGAUACACCUGAUCCAGCUAAUUUAGGUUACAAUGAAACUGAGUAAUUAUUUUAUUCUUGACAUGGAUCUAGUGUGUUCUUUGUGGUUGAAUGAAUCCCAUCUCUACCUAACCCAUUGCCUUUCACAAUUCAGCAUAUUUGGACAUUUCAUAAACAGACAACACCGGCCACAUUAAAUGUAUUAAACAACUAUUUAUUCAGACAGAGCUUUGGAAAUUGUUUUCCUGCUGUGACCAUUUGGUUUUGCACAAUGUCUCACAGUUGUCUUGCACAAGACUCAAUACAAAUGUAAUUUCAUUUUUUUUGGGACAAAAAUAAACUCCUAAUACAAA